CUUAUGGAUUGAUUUGUAUGAAAACUUCAAAAUGUAUUAAAUUAUUUUAUAAGUUUAGUCAUUCUUAAGUAAGAUAUAAGGGAAAGUAUUAAAAGAGUAAGAAAUAAGGUACAUGAUAAAUUAACUUUAGAUAAUCGAUAUUGUCAAAGAUUGAAAUAACAAUGUAAAUGAUGUCUAAUUACUAAAAUAGUGGUAAUGGAGAUUAUGAUGGAAAUGGAAAGAAGACUGGUUAAUGGGCGAAAUUAUAUGAUUAAUUUGAAGAGUAUAUUAGUUAUUUAUUUUAAGUAUGAAGUAAAUCAGAUAUAAAGGAAAAUAUGAAGAAGGUAUUAAGAAAGGAGUUUGGAAAAGAUUGAAACGAAUAAGUGGCAAAGGUAACUUUAUUUCAGAUGAUGAAAAUGAAAUUAAGUAGAAUAAAUGA